AUGGGAGAGUCGAACGCGACGAAGACGUUCACCCAGUUCAUAGGAAAACAGAAAACACUCUUUGUGAACUUUUCGUUGACGAAAAAGGAAGGGUCGCUGUUGGAUACCCUUCAAUUGGUGUCAUACUUGGAGGACAAAAGCCUCCCGGAAGAUCAACAAGACCCGACAAGCUAUACCGCGGUCAUGCGAGUGUUCUCACAUAAGGAUGGCCUUAACUCCCUCACGCGAAUACUUUUUGCGUCCGAAGUGGCUGGAGGCUUCUUAGUCCAAUUUGACUAUGGCGGUCUCGUCUUGGACUCCGUUGUGAAAAAGCCACAAAUGUUGCGCCAGAAGUCGAUCACCGAGUUGAAGUCAAAUGUCUACGACGAACGAAUCACAUCGCUCGAACAACGAUUUGCUGUCAUGACCGCAACGAACACUGUACAGCUCCUCGAAACCCUCAAAAGUGAUAUUAAGAGCGACAACGAAACCACGCGGAAGAGAGUCACCGCGCUCGAAGAAAAGGUCGAGAAGACAAAGAGCGUCAUGAAGGGGUCCGACGAGUUAGCUGGCUUAGAAAGUAUUCAGAGUGCUAUGACGCGAUUCUUUUCCGCGACGUCUUCGACGUCGCAAAAAGUGUGUCGCGUGGUGACGUUGACUCCAAAGAGACUUGAACUAGUCUCGCCGAUAACUAAAGACGGUGUUGAAGGGACGUGUGUUGUGAUCAUUAAAAGUGAUAGUGACGGGGAUGUUUGUUUGAAAGUAGUACAUGAAGAUGGGAUAUAUGUUGUGUAUUUUGAAAGUAUUCAGUUCAAUGAGUUGGUUGGUGUGUAUUCGAAGAUUCUUCUGAGUUUUGUGGGGGACACAUGUGUUGUGGAAAUACCACUGGAACGAGACUCGAAGAAAUUUGAACUUGUAAAAACGGAACACGGCGGUGAUAUCACGCAAAGUCUUGUACGGGCAUACGAGUUGAUUGGAGCGUUGGUGAACAUUGAAAUACCGUGCAGCGUCUGUGUGUCGUCGGAUGUCAAGAUAUGCGAGAAGAAAAUGCCGGAGCGUCCGAAAGACGACGACGAUGAGGACUCGAGUGAUGAUAUAGAGACUGUUGUUGAGAAUGCAAAGAGUGAAAUCAAAGAAACGCUUUCGUCCGAGAUGGCGAAGGAACUCGCCAAACUCAAGCGCGAAAUGGAGGAUCUCAUCACUUCCAAGUGCUCUCCAUCAAAUACAAGUUCCACGCAAAAAGAGGACAGUUCUCCGAUCCCAGACAUCACUCCAGACAUUCAGACAAAUACAAAAGGUCGUUCGCGACGGGGCGGCAAUGCGCCGGUAUCCCCUCAACCCGUCGAAGUCACGAGUACAUCAUCUCCGUUACCGAAUGCCCGCACGCGUGGUCGUCGUGAAGCUUUCUACCAUGCCCAGCAGCCCGUUUUUAAUUCGGACAAUCAGUGUAUAGCAGUGGGUUCUACUCUUCAACUUCCAGACUGCAGUUCGACGUGUAAAAUCACGCAAAGUGGCAUAGUGAAAAUCGGCGUCUCUAUAGUUCCCGACGAGGCGAUUGUCCCACUCAACGAAGUUGAAGUUGGGAUAGCACAGACCAUUGGGAAGAAGUCGAGUAUGGAGGACACGUGUGCGGUCUACGAAACGAACAUCCCGUUCAUGGAAAUCAUCGGCCUGUUUGAUGGGCACAAUGGGUCGGAAACGGCUUUGGAGUUGUCGAAAGAGAUGGGCGUCGUGCUGAAGAAGGCGUUGCGGGACAAGAAGAAAGAAGUCCGCGACGCACUGAUUUCGACGUUUGAGACGUUACACGCGCAAGUCAUUGAAAAGACGGCGAGCGGGUCAACGGCGUCGAUUGUGGCGAUUUCGAAGAACAAAUUGUAUGUUGCCCACGUUGGGGACUCUCCCGUGUUUUUGAUUCGUAAUAAGAAAAUUGAGAAAACAGAGGAGGCGGGAGAUGUGCAAAAAGACGAGAAAAAGACGCAACGUGUGAUACAAAAAGUUACGAAGAACCAUCACCCCGAUUUAAAGGAAGAGCGAGAGAGAGUCGAGAAGGAUGGAGGACAUUGUUAUAUGGUAGGAGGAGUCUGGAGAGUCGAAGGUGUGGUUGCGUUGUCACGGUCGAUAGGUGAUCGAGCGUUACAUCCUUAUUUGAGUUGCAUUCCUGACAUUGAGGAGUUUGAGACGGACGAUAUCUGCGAAGUUGUAAUGACAUCGGAUGGAGUCACUGAUGUGAUGAACAAUGAGGACAUCUUGAAUAUCAUUAAUAAAAGUGUUAAUGUCGAUACAGCUGCAAAUUCAAUUCGAGAUUUGGCAUUCAAGAAAAACAGUCAAGAUAACAUCACUGCUAUUGUUGUGAAACUCUCAAAAGACUCGUAA